AUGGAUGUACAAACUCCAUUUCACAGCCGUCCGGCUCCGUCUUCAUUCCAACUUACUGAGGAAUCUCAAAGUAUCUCCCCUCAUCCAAACCAUGAUAAUGAUAGCGAAGCGCAAUACUUUCUGGAUAACGCUAAACCACCACAACCCGAAAAGGCAUCUGCAGUAAUCCACCAAAGGCAUUCCCGUGACUCAAAUGGAGUCUUUGAGUUGGAGAAUCACAAGAGCCAUCAUUGGUGGAGGCCAAUUGCUUUGAUGAUUAUGUGGUUACUUCUGGGCUCCUCGGUAGGCCUUGGACAUCACUUUGCGUAUCAAAGUCUUAACCAACAACCGCAAACCGUGUUCUCUCAAUCUUGGGCACACAAUCUUGGUUCUGCCGCAGCUUUUUUGGUAAAGACUUCCUUCACACUUACCAUCUUGUUAGCCCUACAAGAAGUACUCUGGUUCAGUUUCCGCAGGAGAGAUAUCAAAAUAUCGUUACUAGACAAAUUAUUCACUCUUUCAAGCAACCCCUUCAGCUUUGUCCCUAGUGCAUUUGCAAAUGCACCGCUAGCCACUGCUCUAGCUGGUUUUGCUUGGACCAUCCCGAUAUCUGCUAUACUAUCUCCGGGUAGUUUGGUUGUAGGACCAAUGGUCACUUUCAGCGAUAGCAUCUGUGUCGUGCCGACUUUCGCUGCAUCUUCGCCUAAUAUAAGCUUCUAUCAGAUGAUACCCCAUGGUUCCGGUAUUCAAGGGCCCAAUACCGGUAUUCAAAAAUUAGCAAGCCAGAUCUUUUCUCAAGGAAUUAUUCUCGAUCUUAAAUCGCCUUGUGGAACUAAUUGUUCAUUUCAACAUUCCUUCUAUGGCCCUGCCUUGCAAUGUGUCAACACCUCCAACCCAUCAUAUCUGACCGAGCAAGUGGCUAGCUAUCUUUACUAUAACGCCACGGACUUGACAACUUUCAACGAGGAUAAGGAUUCGCUCAUCGAAUUGUCAAUUACGUACAGAAAUAACACGAAAGCAGAAGUACAAAGCGAUCUUGACUAUAUAUCAAUCCUUUGCACCGCCUACAAUGCAACAUAUGAACUUUCUGUCAACUAUACAAAUGGAUCACCAAAGUUUUCCCCAAGUCUCACCUACCACGAACAGCUCCAAAAUCUAAAUAUGACAGAGUAUGUUUCCCCAGGAAAUUACCCAUGGCAUUCAAACUCUGCAACCCUAGUUCGAGAAGUUUACGACAAGCAUCUUAACGGUACAUGGGCACAGUCGCCCACGACACAGUAUUCAACACCUGAUACAAACAUAGGAAACACAAUACUUGUUGGAAAUACUGACAAUGCCAACAGCGGAGCGAUCUCAUCUCUCUGGUUCGUAAAUAGAGACUUUCUUACUGGGAUUCCAGAGCUUCUCACCAAUUUAACUAUUUCGACACUUGCAUUUAGCCCCGAAAGCACAAGUACAAGCUGUUCAUCUUCGAAAGAAACACUAGUGUAUUACUACAACCCAAAUUUGCUUUUAAUUCCUUAUUCUGUCGCUUUUUGUCUUGGUCUUGUUUCAUUUCUAGUAGGCGUUUUUGUGCUCAUGCAAACUGGCAUUCGCACUGGAGAUAUCUUUUCUCAGAUACUUGUUACGACGAGAAAUCCAUUUUUGGACGAAAUCGCAAGAGGUCAUUCUUUAAGUAGCGCGAAUGCGGAUGUUAUGAAGGAUUAUAAACUUAGAUUGGGUAAAUUAAAACGUCCCCAUCGAGAGAGUGGCGAUUAUAGUGAUGGGGAUGAUGGAAGAGGGGCUGAGCAUGCGGCUUUUGGGCUCGCGGAACAGGUGGAUAGUCUACGUUAG